AUGUUAGAAAAUCUUCUUAAAGAAAAUCUUCUUAAAGAAAAUCUUCUUAAAGAAAAUCUUCUUAAAGAAAAUCUUCUUAAAGAAGAAAAUCUUCUUAAAGAAAAUCUUCAUGAAGAAAAUCUUCCUAAAGAAAAUCUUCCUAAAGAAAAUCUUCCUAAAGAAAAUUUUCCUAAAGAAAAUCUUCCUAAAGAAAAUCUUCCUAAAGAAAAUCUUCCUAAAGAAAAUCUUCCUAAAGAGAAUUUUCCUAAAGAAUAUUUUCCUAAAGAAAAUCUUCAUAAAGAAAAUGUUCGUAAAGAAAAUCUUCCUAAAGAAAAUCUUCCUAAAGAAAAUCUUCCUAAAGAAGAAAAUCUUCCUAAAGAAAAUCUUCCUAAAGAAAAUCUUCCUAAAGAAAAUCUUCCUAAAGAAAAUCUUCCUAAAGAAAAUCUUCCUAAAGAAAAUCUUCCUAAAGAAAAUCUUCCUAAAGAAAAUCUUCCUAAAGAAAAUCUUCCUAAAGAAAAUCUUCCUAAAGAAAAUCUUCCUAAAGAAAAUCUUCCUAAAGAAAAUCUUCCUAAAGAAAAUCUUCCUAAAGAAAAUCUUCCUAAAGAAAAUCUUCCUAAAGAAAAUCUUCCUAAAGAAAAUCUUCCUAAAGAAAAUCUUCCUAAAGAAAAUCUUCCUAAAGAAAAUCUUCCUAAAGAAAAUCUUCCUAAAGAAAAUCUUCCUAAAGAAAAUCUUCCUAAAGAAAAUCUUCCUAAAGAAAAUCUUCCUAAAGAAAAUCUUCCUAAAGAAAAUCUUCCUAAAGAAAAUCUUCCUAAAGAAAAUCUUCCUAAAGAAAAUCUUCCUAAAGAAAAUCUUCCUAAAGAAAAUCUUCCUAAAGAAAAUCUUCCUAAAGAAAAUCUUCCUAAAGAAAAUCUUCCUAAAAAAAAUCUUCCUAAAGAAGAAAAUCUUCCUAAAGAAAAUCUUCCUAAAGAAAAUCUUCCUAAAGAAAAUCUUCCUAAAGAAAAUCUUCCUAAAGAAAAUCUUCCUAAAGAAGAAAAUCUUCCUAAAGAAAAUCUUCCUAAAGAAAAUUUUCCUAAAGAAAAUCUUCCUAAAGAAGAAAAUCUUCCUAAAGAAGAAAAUCUUCCUAAAGAAGAAAAUCUUCCUAAAGAAGAAAAUCUUCCUAAAGAAGAAAAUCUUCCUAAAGAAAAUCUUCCUAAAGAAAAUCUUCCUAAAAAAAUCUUCCUAAAGAAGAAAAUCUUCCUAAAGAAGAAAAUCUUCCUAAAGAAAAUUUUCCUAAAGAAAAUCUUCCUAAAGAAAAUCUUCCUAAAGAAAAUCUUCCUAAAAAAUCUUCCUAAAGAAGAAAAUCUUCCUAAAGAAGAAAAUCUUCCUAAAGAAGAAAAUCUUCCUAAAGAAGAAAAUCUUCCUAAAGAUCAUCUUCCUAAAGAUCAUCUU